AAUCUUAGCAAUUGAGUACAAACACUAGAGAGAGAGGAAAUAAUGUUAUCGCAACGUUCACAUUACGUUCCCUUUUGCCAUGAAAAACAAAAGUCUAUCGUAGAUUUUCCGGCCGCCGUGUCUCCGCCUUCUACGGCCGUUGUCUACGACCAGCACGGCCCUCCUGACACCGUCACUAGAGUGACUGAAAUUCCGCCUGUGAAGAUCACAGAGAACGACGUCUGUGUAAGAAUGCUCGCAGCUCCAAUCAACCCUGCCGAUAUUAACAGAAUAGAAGGAGUCUAUCCAGUACGGCCACAAGUACCAACAAUUGGUGGAUGGGAAGGGGUUGGAGAAGUACAUUCUUUUGGCUCUGCAGUUAAGACUCUUUCCCAUGGAGAUUUGGUUAUUCAUUCUGCAUAUAUUCCAGGUACAUGGCAGACCUACGUUGUAGAAGACCAAAGUUUAUGGCACAAAAUUGAUAAAAGCACCCCAAUUGAAUAUGCUGCCACAUGUUCUGUUAAUCCUUUGAGCGCCUUGAGAAUGCUCGAGGACUUUGUGGCUUUAAAACCAGGAGACACAAUUGUGCAAAAUGGAGCAACAAGUAUUGUGGGGCAAUGUGUCAUUCAGCUAGCUCGAGUUCGUGGAAUUCAUAGCAUCAAUAUCAUAAGAGAUAAGCCAGGAUCUGAUGAAGUUAAAGAAAAAUUAAUGAAACUUGGUGCUGAUUUGGUGUUUACUGAGAGUGAAUUGGAUGUGAAAUCUAUCAAAAGUCUCUUGGAUGAUAUACCUGAACCUCGUUUGGGUUUGAACUGUAUUGGUGGCAAUGCAGCUACUUUAGUUAUAAAAUUAUUAAGGCAAGGUGGCACUAUGGUUACAUAUGGAGGGAUGUCAAAGAAACCUAUUACAAUAUCUACUUCAUCUUUCAUUUUUAAGGAUGUUUCAUUGAGAGGAUUCUGGCUGCAAGAAAAGAAUUUAGACCAAGCACAAUAUAGGUGUUCGAUUGAUUAUCUCUUGGCCCUUGCCCGUGCCGGGAGAUUGAAAUAUGAGUUACCCAUUUUUCCUUUGAUAAGAAUAUGUCGGGCAGAAUUUUAAAUUCGAAGCUUCCUGCCAGGGCGGAUUUUUGCUUCAAUUAUAGGGUAUGUGAACUCAUGAUCUUUUUUCAUCAAAUUAGGUAUUUUAUGUAUGUAUUUUCUAGAAUUAGUAUAAUAUUAUUUGCUAACUUCUAUGCUCUAAAAAUAUGGAAUGGUGCAAGAUUAAUUCCCACUUAAUACCAUUUAUUAUGGUGCAAUCAUGUUUUAGAAAUCAUAAAUUCACGUCUCGGAGUCAAAGCCAACGAGUUCAACUGAGUUUUGUUAUAGUACCUCAAUUUAUAUAAUGUAUUUUAAUUCAGUAUGCAAUUCAAGAAUGAAUAGACUUUUUUUCGGGGAAAAACUUGUAUAACUAUAAAAAUAUUAUAACUUGUAAUCUUGAAUAUGUUUUUUAAAAAAAUACCAUUAUUUUAAAAAUCGACUAAUAAGUAAAUAACGUCAUUAUUUUAAUGCAAGAAUAACUUUAUGUAGCCGCACGAGCUUUAAAUAUCUUAUAACCACACAAAUAUUAUAACGAAUUUAAUACAACUGAUUUUACUAAUUUUUAUUAUUUUCUUAAGCUUCAUGUCCUAUCAAAGUAACUUUUUUAAAUUAAAGCGGAUGUAGUAAUCUUGUAUCUAGUUCAGCCUUUUCUAAAACGGCAUUAACCUGAGGAGUUGAGUAAAAAUAUGAGUGAGUCUAAUCAGAUUAAGGACCGUUUAGCCAUAACAAAAGAUUCUUUUUUUUUUUCGAAAUCACUGUUUGGCCUUGAAAAUUUCAAUUUUCGAUUAAAGAUGAUUCAAAAAUUUUUGAAAAUUUGAAAAACUCUACAAAAAGCUAUUUUUUAAAAUUUUCACUUCAGAUUAUCCAGAAAAAUUCAAAAACAGCCCCAAAUUAUAUUCAUGUACAAAUAUAUAACUCUAAUUUUCAAAUUACAUUUUCACUUUAAUUUUUUUACAAUUCUUAUGUCCAAAUGCGCACUAAGAUGUAAGCUAGUUGAACGGAGUCUUGCCCAGUAUAAUCCCACUAGUGAGGUUUGGACUAAGUAUCCUGCUCUUCAAGAACUUUCCACCUUAUUUUUGGGUGACUCGAACUCACAACCUGUUUAGUGAAAGUAGAGGGUGCUUAUAGCAACCCACCGUAAUAAUUAAGAAUUAUGGAGAAAGAGCAUAACUAUCACGUGAUGAAUCCAGAACCGGACAUUAAGAUUCUGACAUUACUUUUCUUUUAGAAAAUGAGACGGGGCUAAUCGGGACAAAACUUGACCAGAUUAUAGCACAACAAUUUAAUAGGCCAUUCGCUGAGGAAAGUAAGCAAAAAACAGUGGUGGCAAGAGUUGGUGGACUAGCUGAAGGAGAUUCCUUUCGCUUUCAAAAUCUGACUACUCCUUGUGCAUCUUAUGGCAACAAAUGUUCAUUUUUCUUUUAAUGUUUAAAAGCAAGAAUUAAAGGCAUUUACUAGCCACUCAUAAUACUGAUAUUUAAAGGUAUUUAUUAGCCACUUAAUACCGUCACCUAAAAAGUACUUUUUUCGAAAUUAAUAUUAGACAAUGAAAUUUUCGAUUUUUCAUUUAAAGAUGAAAUUCAAAAUUGUUCGAAAAUUUUAUAAACUUCAAAAAAUUAUUUUUUAAAAUUCUGACAUUCUUUAUUAAGAAAUGAGACGUGACUAAUCGGGCCAAGGACAAGAGACGACAAAAAUUGGCCAAAACAGUUUAGUAGGCCGUUCGGUGAGGAAAGUAGGCAAAAAAAAAAAAAAAAAAAAAAAGUGGUGGCAAGAGUUGGUGGACUAGCUGAAGCCUGACGGCGAUUUCUUUCGCUUUCAAAAUACUAUGGUCAUUUUUAAAAUCUGACAACUCUUCGUACAUGUUAUGACAGCAAGUCAAUUUUUCUUUCUUGUUUGAAAGAAAGGAUUAAAGGCAGUUACUAGCCACAAAUAUAUUUUGAUAUUUAAAGACACUUAGCCAUUAAUACCGCCACCUAAAAAGUAUUCUCCUGUUUCACUCUAUGUGAAUCUAUUUUCUUUUUGGUCCGUUCAAAAAAAAAA